GUCAGAGCAGGCAGAGUAGCAGAAGCAGCAAAAUGAAGUUUUGUCUUGUUUUUGUGCUUCUCCUGAUCUCAGCUUUGAAGGACACAUUGGGCACAAGAUUCUUCAUCUCAGCCCCCAAUGUGUUUCACCUGGGUGUCAAGGAGAAAGUGUUUGUACAGAUGGGAGGUCAAUAUCUCAACAAAUUUGUUGAUGUAUACCUGGAAGGGUCUUUUGGGACACUUGUGUCUGCAAGGGAAACUACACGUUGUACAACAGAAGGGGAAAUCAAAACAGUUGAACUAACGAUAAACAGAAACACAUGGUUAGAAAUCAAAAGAAGAAAUAUAAAAGCACCCCCCUACCUCAAACUUGUGGCAGAGGUCCAAGGUGAAAGAACUAGGAAAAUAACAAAUGUCCUGGUCUCAAACCACAGGGGAUAUAUCUUCAUACAGACUGAUCAGCCAGUGUACAACCCAACACAGCAAGUGAACUACAGGAUUUUCACUCUUAAUCACAUGUUUAGGCCACAUGAGGAAACUGUCUGCAUAUCAGUGUUUAAUGCUGCUGGAAGCAAAAUAAUGAAGACUCUGAGGACAGCAGAGGGUGGGAUUUACCAAGGCCGUUUCCCAAUACCAAGUAUAUCUGAAAUGGGCAUUUUCAAGAUCACGGCACACUAUGAAGAUGAUGAAGCAAACGCUGCUGUGCGAGAGUUUAAAGUCAAAAAGUUUGUUUUACCAAGUUUUGAAGUGACCAUUGAAACAGAACGGCGUUACAUUUUGUUGAAUGAUGAACAGUUUGACUUCACAAUUUCAGCAAUGUAUUCCUAUGGUGAAAAAGUCAAGGGCGCUUAUCACUGCCAGUUUGGUGUGAAAAAAGGUCUAGCACCUCACAUUCUCAGUGGCCUGAGGCUGACUGGUUCGGUUGUGAAUGGAAGAGCUACAGCCACUCUUCACUUUAAUGAUAUUGAUUGGAAACAGCUGAACCAAACCCUCUCUGACUUGCAGAAAAGUGGAUCUCAGCUUUAUGUGGGAGUAUUUGUCACCAACAUUCAAAAUGGUGAAGUGCAACAGGGAGAAAUUUACCUUCCCAUCAUUACCCAUAAAUACAGCAUAGAUCUUUCUCGAACUCGUUCACAUUUUCUUCCUAAAGUUCCACUAGAUGUGGUGGCUGUUGUUCGUCACCCUGACGGGACACCAGCAGUUGGUGUGCCAGUAAAUAUUUCUGCAACCGCAUCCAAAGUGGACUUUUGGCAAGGAACCACUAAUCAGGACGGGGAAGUGUUUUCUGUCUUUAAUGUUGUUUCUACCUCUCCAAUUACAGUUGAUGUUUCAGCAGAUGGUCUUCAACGCAGAAAAACUUUAAUAUCUGCUUCAUCACCCAGUGGAAGUUAUCUUUACAUAGGAAUUACCCACAAGGUUUACCAGGUGGAUGAAUUCCUUCGUGUAACAUUUACCACUAUCAAUGGACCAACUAAUGGAUACAUUUAUUACAUGGUUUUGAACCGUGGGAUGAUAAUAACAACACAUUCGCUUCACAUGGGUACAAUAACUCGUGAAAAUCUGCUGAUAACAGCUGAUAUGGUUCCAUCUUUCCGCCUGGUUGGUUACUAUUACAGCAAAACAGGUGACAUCAUAGCUGACUCUGUGUGGGUCGAUGUCAGGGAUGAAUGCAAAUUAAAGGUCACGGUCAAACAUAAAGGACAGCCUACGCCAGGAAAACCAACUGAACUGGAAAUAGAUUUACACAAGCAAGAAGCUAAAGUGGCUUUGCUAGCUGUGGAUAAGGCUUUCUAUGGUCUCAAAGCUGAUAAUAAACUUACAGCCAAACAGAUAUUUUCGACCAUGACCUCAUAUGACCUUGGCUGUGCAUACAGUGGAGGAUCUGACACAGCAGCAGUGCUCGUGGAUGCUGGCCUUGCUUUUGCUUCUCAGGCCAAGACCGAGUGGAGGAAAGAUUUUGGAUGUAAAUCAAAAAAUGUAAGGUCAAGACGUUCAGUGGACCUUAAUAAAGAAAAGAUGAAAUUGAAGCUAGAGUUUGAAGAAGCUGAACUGCAAAAAUGUUGUAUUCAUGCAUUUUCUCACAUCCCAAUGAGAGAAAAUACAUGCAAGACAAGAUCAAACCGGGUCCGUCUAGUGAAAGGAAAUCAGGCAUGUGCGGAUGCUUUCCUAAAGUGCUGCCUUGCAGCAGAGAAACUGAGACAAAAAAAGAUGCUCGAGGAUGCUCAGAGUGGACUUGGAAGGACUGCAACAACAGCUGACAUUGAAGAGUUUUUUUUUGAGACUAACGCUCAGUAUAUUAGACGAUUUUUCCCCCCAAGCUUUGAAUUCAAAGAUUAUUUGGUAAAUGACAAAAAAUGGCACUAUUUAAUGCUCCCUGACUCUAUCACCACAUGGGAGAUUCAAGUUGUCACUUUAUCUCCAGAAACAGGUCUGUGUGUAGUUAAGCCACAUGAGAUCAGAGCUUUUAAGAAGUCAUUUGUGUCUCUGAGGCUACCUUACUCCGUGAAAAGGUUUGAGCAACUGUCUAUUGCACCCGUUAUCUACAACCAUGAUGAGCGAGAGUUACGGGUGGCUGUACAUAUGGAACAAACCGAAGGAAUUUGCUCCCCUGCUUCCGCCACCGCCCUUUCCUACAGGGAAAUAACUGUAAAGAACCACUCUUCUCAGUUUGUUUCCUUUUCAGUUGUCCCCAUGGUAGCUCGUUCAUUACCUAUUAAAAUACGUCUCUUUGAUGUUGAAAGGGAGAUGGGAAUAGAUGCAUUGGAGAAAGUCUUAAAAGUACAAACUGAGGGAGCAUUAAGGCGAGAGGAGAAAACUAAUCUGGUUAAUUUAGAUGGACGGAGUUCACAUACAAUAUAUCUUGAUGGGACAUUGCCAGAUGACACAGUCCCCGAGGCCAGUACCAAUAUAUUUGUUUCAAUGGAAGGGAAUGGAUUUGGUGGUUCAUUUGCAAAGAAUCUUCUUUCCCCAGAAAAAGUUUUAAAACUUAUCGAACUACCUACAGGGUGCUUGGAACAGACGAUGCGAAAACUAGCACCGACAACCUUAGCCAUCCGCUACCUUGACUUGGGUGGCCAGUGGUUUUACCUGGAUUCUGGCGCCCGAGAUGACGCUCUUGAUAAAAUUGAACAUGGCUAUAUGAAGAUUUUAUCAUAUAAGAAACCCAAUGGAUCCUACGGAGCAUGGAGGGAUGUGUCAUCAAGUAACUGGGUGACUGCUCUUGUAGUAAAGAUUCUGUCAAUGAUUGCGGAGCGUCAAACAGCUGGUUCUGGAGAGCUCGGUCGACGUGUCAAAGUUGUACCAGAAGAAGAGAUAAACCACCCGGUCAGUUACUUGCUGUCAGUACAGCAGAAUGAUGGCUCCUUCAGAGACCCUAAUCCUAUGUUACACAGAGGCGUCCUGAGAGGAAAAGACCAAUAUGCAUCCAUGACUGCCUUCAUCACUCUUGCAUUGAACCGGUCCCAUCAAUUUCUUACAUCUGAAAUGCAAAAUGAAGUGGAGACAAGCAUAUUAAGGGCAACAACGUAUCUCCAGUCACAACUUGAAGAGCUGAGCCAUACCUAUGCGGUGGCUAUUACAGCUUAUUGCCUAUCAGUUUCCCAGCUACUGGGGGAGGAUCGAGUAAAUGCAUGGAAUAAACUUCAAUCAAUGGUGACAACAGACGAGAAUAAUUGCUACCUGUGGACAAAUAGCACCACGACCACAGCCAUCACAAUUGAGACCACAUCCUAUGCUCUCCUAGCUGCAGUGAAAAAUGGUGACAGCGAGUGGGCAAACCGUACAGCCUGCUGGUUGGUCAGUCAAGAAAACUAUUUUGGGGGCCAACGAUCAUCUCAGGACACCAUCAUGGCACUGGAAGCCCUGUCAGAAUAUGAGCUAACAAAGAGUGUUAGUUCUGUCACAGAUGUAACAGCAGAGUUUACAGUCCCAGGAAAGAUUGAAAUCAUUAAGCUUGAACUGAAAAACAAUAACGAGAUAGUGGAAACAGACCUGCAGAAACUUACUGGGAAAAACAUCACCAUAGAGCUGAAAGGACAAGGAGAUAUCAAGCUGAAAACUGUAAAGGCUUAUCAUCUGUUGGACCCUGAAGAUGAUUGUUCCAAACUUAAUAUCAGUGUCAAAGUGGAGGGGAAAGUGAUGUACACCGCAAAGAUCAUAGAUAAUUAUGAGUACUACGAUGAUUAUGAUGCUACUGUGGAAAAGCAGACACGUGUAGCACGGUCGGCGAUUGAGCGUUUUGAUGCUCUCACACGAAGCAGGAGAGAUGUUGAAAAUGACCUAUAUUCAGACAACAUUGUUACUUAUACUGUCUGUGUCAGUUAUAGACCAAACAGCCCUCUCACUGGAAUGGGCAUCGCAGACAUCACAUUACUUAGUGGAUUUGAGGUGGAAGUCGAAGACCUGGAAAGGCUAAAACAGCCACCUGAGCAAUACAUUAACCAUUAUGAGAUAUCCCCUGGAAGAGUGCUGUUAUACUUUAAUGAGCUGUUUGAGACCGAAGAAUGUGUGAGUUUCAGUGCUAAUCAGACAGUACUAGUUGGCCUUUUACAACCUGCUCCAGCUGAAUUCUAUGAUUACUAUGAACCAAAUGUAAAAUGCACUGUGUUCUACUCGCCCCCACGAAGAAGCAAGUUGGUCUCCCAACUGUGUUCAGAAGAUGUUUGCCAGUGUGCAGAAAGACCCUGUCAUACAGUACAAGAUACCUUCAAAUCAAAACAAGGCAAAAGAAUCGCAAAGAAAAUUCGUGUAGAUCACGCAUGCUUCUUCCCCAGAGUGGAUUAUGCUUACAUUUUGGAAGUCACGGAAGUUUCUCAUAGGAGCAACUUUGAGCUGUACAAAACUAGAAUCAUUGAGACCCUCAAAUUUCAUGGAGACCUCCACGUAAUGGCCGGCAGUGUUCGAGUGUUUGCCAAAAGGCUUCAGUGCAAGGGGUGGUUAGACCUAGGAAGACAGUAUCUGAUUAUGGGCAAAGAUGGGUCCACUAAAGAUGCAGAUGGAAACAUGCAGUACCUGUUGGAAUCAAACACCUGGGUGGAAAAGAAGCCACAAGAUACGGAAUGUGAAAAAUCUAGAAACAGUUAUGGUUGUGCUCAGUUUAAUGCAUUUACUGAGGAAUACAAAACCUAUGGCUGCAAACAGUAAAUCUGAUUAACAAAAAUGUUAACCUUCAAGGCAGUUCAGACAUUAUUAUUGAUGAAUUGUUUUCUUUGUCUUUGUGAUAACUUGCAUAAAAAUAAAUGCAUAAUAAUAUAUAAUUUCACUAUAGUCUGUCAGGAAAAAGCAGAAAUAAUCAGACCUUAAGCAAAUGACUCUUUAGGCCAGACUACCACUGUAUCAUUUCUAGUUAACAGAGUCUUUCAUUUGUGUAUGUUGCACUUACAAGAUAUCUUACUGAAAUAAACACUGCUUAAUGUUUGUUGAAAAAAA